AUGACCAACAUUGUAUACGAUCGUGAAGCUUUGCUCAGAACAGUAUCUACUUUUCCUUUAAUUGACAAUCAUUGUCAUAAUCUUUUAACGUCAGAUGCAUCAUUGAUUUGUCCAUUGGAAGUAUGCUUUUCAAAGGCUCGUGGUGAUGCGUUAAAAGAUGCGUCUCAAACUAGUGCCUUGAAACGAGGCGUACGCCAGCUUGCUGAAGUUUAUAAUUGUACACCAACUUUAGAUAAUAUUAAGCAAGUGAGAGAUCUAAUGUCACAUACUGAUAUAUGCAAAACUUGCUUUGAACCUACUGGUAUCCAGUGCUUGCUUUUGGAUGAUGGACUUGAUGCAUUAGGUGGUCUUAUGGACGUGCAAAAUCAUGUAGGAUUUGUUGACGUAGCGCGAAGAAUCGUGAGAAUUGAAAGUAUUGCAGAGAAGAUCUUGUAUGACUUGGCAACAUCUGUAGCUUGUACAGAUCAAAAAACGCUGAAUUUUGCUGCAUUUGAAGAACCAUUGAAAAAACAACUUGAAACCUAUGCAAAAUCUGAAUCAGUGGUGGCCUUCAAAAGUAUUGCUGCUUAUAGGUCAGGAUUGAAUAUCGAUUAUGUACCAAAUGCUGAAGCUGCUGCAAUUGCUUUGGGAAAUUUUAUUACAUCUUUUGAAUCAUUACCUGAUAAGAAGGGAUCUGUUAGACUUGUUAAUAAAGUUCUAAUUGAUCAUAUAUUGAACUUGGCAAUUGAUAUCGCAGUCCAACACGAUAUUCCUAUCCAAUUUAAUACAGGCAUGCUAUAUAAAUAUUCAUAUCCUUAUUCCCGCCAAGCAGGAUAUCUUGCUUCAGUAUAUUCCAAUGUGUAUGUUGACACAGGUCUUGUUUUUCCUAUGAUUUCCGCAUCCGGUCAGCAGGCUAUUUUACGUGAACUGUUGGAGAUUUGUCCAAGUAAUAAAAUAUUAUUUAGUACAGAUGGGCAUUACCUUCCAGAAUCUUUCUAUGUAGCUGCAAUCCAGGGAAGAGAGGCUUUAAGCAAGGUUUUAUUAGAGUCUGUAGAAAAUGGUGAAUUUUCAUAUGAAGAAGCAAUAAAAAUCGUCAAACAAAUUAUGUUCGAGAAUUCCAAUACACUAUAUAAACUCAAAUUAACUCCGAAACAGAUCGAUAAAGAAGAAUAUAAAGACACUUCAGGAGAGCAAAGAAUCAUUAAAUUAAAAAAAAUGGGUGUAAAGUCUAUUCGUAUCGGCUUUAUGGAAUGUUCUAAUCAAUAUAGAUUUCACAUCGUUCCCAUUGAUCGUUUCAAAAACUAUGUCAUUGAUAGUGGAUUGACAAUUGCGCGAGUUCUCACAGCUUUGCCUUAUUAUGGAGAUGUGGUUCCAGACAAUGCUGGUGUCGACGCAACUGGGGAAGUGUUAUUGAGGCCUGACCUUAGUACACUCAUACAUUUACCUUAUAAUCCUAAGCAUGCAAAUGUCCAAGCAUUUUUUGAAAACAAAUUUACACCGAUAGACCCUCAAUUUGGAAAGAUUGAUAAUUCACCUGAUUCUUUGGCUUUCCCGCUUUGUCCUAGAACUUGUCUUAAAAAUAUUACUGAUUCUGCCCGUAAAGAUCUUGGUAUCACUUUUUUGAUUGGAACCGAAUUUGAAUUCGUCUUACUUAAAGACACUACACCUCCUGUGCCCGUUGAUGAUACCCCUUAUUCUUCAGCUAAUGCUUUUCGCGUUUCUAAUUCUGCUGAAAUUUUGGAUAGGAUGGUUGAGUCUUUGCAAGAGCAAGGGAUUGAAGUCGAACGAUUUCAUUCUGAAGGAGGAGGAGGUCAAUUUGAAAUAGACACUGCACCGGAAACUCCAUUAAUUGCUGCAGAUAAAGUUGUCGUAACACGUCAAACGAUAUAUGAUGUUGCUGCUCAGGCUGGUGUAAAAGCAACAUUUGUGCCUAAACUCUUUAAAAAACAAGGUUUAUUUUUACUUGUGGGAACUGGCGCACAUGUGCAUAUAUCUUUUAAAGAAAUCGACAAGUCCCAGAAAAUUGUUGACGAUCACCCUUCAGGACUAUCUCCAUAUGAAAGGUCAUUCAUUGCUGGGGUGCUUCAUCAUAUCAAGGCAAUUUGUGCUUUUGCUUUGCCGACAGACCUUUCCUAUACUCGUACUGUUGAUAAUUAUUGGGCCGGAUCUUGGAUAUGCUGGAGUGUUGAGAAUCGUGAAACACCAAUCAGAGUGUGUUAUAGACCAAAGAAUGGACCUAAUGGAAGAUAUCUUGAUGUUCAUUUCGAACACAAGUUUGUAGAUGCUACUUCCAACCCGUACCUGGUCAUCUCCGCCCUUAUUGCUUCAGGAGUUGAUGGAAUCAAAAAAGAAAUGCAGCUUACCACUAAUCCCAUGCUCGAUAAUCCUGCUUCUCUAAGCAAUGAAGAACGUAUGAAAAAAGGUGUUACUGGGAAAAUGCCUGCAAGUCUUCCGGAUACAUUGAAAGCAUUGAAAGAGGACAAAGCACUUAUCAAUGCUUUAGGUGAGCCCAUUAUACGAUGCUAUACCGCAGUAAAGGAGGAAGAACAUAAAUAUUAUGAAACUUUGACCUAUGACGAACAGAUCGAAAUAUUGCUCAAGCGGUAUUAA